AUGGGCAAAGAUAAAACUCACAUUAACAUCGUGGUCAUCGGCCAUGUGGAUUCAGGCAAAUCCACCACCACUGGGCACCUCAUCUACAAAUGUGGGGGCAUCGACAAGAGGACCAUCGAGAAGUUCGAGAAGGAGGCGAUGGAGAUGGGUAAAGGCUCCUUCAAGUAUGCCUGGGUGCUAGACAAGCUGAAGGCAGAGCGGGAGCGCGGCAUCACCAUUGACAUCUCCCUGUGGAAGUUCGAGACCAGCAAAUACUACAUCACCAUCAUUGAUGCCCCAGGUCACCGUGACUUCAUCAAGAACAUGAUCACAGGCACAUCCCAGGCAGACUGCGCUGUGCUGAUUGUGGCAAGCGGUGUAGGCGAGUUUGAGGCUGGCAUCUCCAAGAAUGGGCAGACCCGUGAGCACGCACUGCUGGCCUAUACAUUGGGUAUGAAGCAGCUCAUCGUGGCAGUCAACAAGAUGGACAUCACUGAGCCGCCUUACAGUAGUGCACGCUUUGAGGAGAUCACCAAGGAGGUGAAAUCCUAUAUCAAGAAGAUUGGUUACAACUCUGAGGCUGUGGCCUUUGUGCCCAUCUCGGGCUGGCACGGGGACAACAUGCUGGCUGCCAGCAGCAAGAUGCCCUGGUUCAAAGGCUGGGAGAUCACCAGGAAGGAAGGGAAUGUGACAGGCUUUACAUUGCUGGAUGCGCUGGACUCCAUCAUUCCCCCUGCCCGCCCCACCAACAAGCCCCUGCAGCUGCCCCUGCAGGAUGUGUACAAGAUUGGGGGCAUUGGCACUGUACCUGUGGGCCGAGUAGAAACAGGCUUCCUCCAGCCGGGCAUGGUAGUGACCUUUGCCCCCUGCAAUAUCACCACGGAGGUCAAGUCUGUAGAGAUGCACCAUGAGGCCUUGGCCAAGGCCCUGCCCGGUGACAACGUAGGCUUCAAUGUGAAGAAUGUGUCAGUGAGGGACAUAAGGCGGGGCAACGUGACAGGGGACAGCAAGAACGACCCGCCCUCGGAGGUGGGGAGCUUCCUCUCUCAGGUGAUCAUUCUCAACCACCCCGGCAGCAUUGCAGCUGGCUACUCCCCAGUUCUGGACUGCCACACAGCCCACAUCGCCUGCAAGUUUGCUGAGCUGAAGGAGAAGAUCGACCGGCGCUCAGGCAAGAAGCUUGAAGACAACCCCAAAGUCCUGAAGUCUGGGGACUCGGCCAUCAUCCAUAUGAUCCCAUGCAAGCCCAUGUGCGUGGAAAGCUUCUCAGAGUACCCACCCCUUGGUCGCUUCGCUGUGCGUGACAUGAGGCAGACAGUGGCUGUCGGGGUCAUCAAGGCCGUGGAGAAAAAAGCAGCUACUGGCGGCAAAGUCACCAAGUCAGCCAUAAAAGCGGCCAAGAAGUGA